UAGAAGCAGACGAGUGAAAAAAAAAGGAAGCCUAAAGAUGAGUGUUUUGGAGGGGAACAUGGCAGAGUUUCAAGGAUCCAGCUCUAUGUCCAUGAACAGUGACAAAUUAGGAGAUUAUAAUCCAGUCUUCAGUCGUGAACUUGGACCAUCAGGCAAAAAACAUCAACAACACAAACACAGACCACAGUUUCCAGGAUCCAGCUCUGUGUCCAUGAACAGUGACAUGUCCAGAGAUUAUCCUCCAGUCUUCAGUCAUGAACCUGGACCUUCAGGCACACAACGUAAACAACACAAACACCAAGCAGAGUUUCCAGGAUCCAGCUCUGUGUCCAUGAACAGUGACAUGUCCAGAGAUUAUCCUCCAGUCUUCAGUCGUGAAUCUGGACCCCCAAUCACACAAGAGAAGAAGAUGAAUUUCUUUGUGGAGAAGCCAGUGUCAUGUUGUGUGUGGUGUCAGGAUGUCCUGAAGGAUUCAUCUACAGACUUCUGUCCCCAAUGUGGAGUCAAGUCUGGAACCAGAACUUUUCAGCAGACAGCCAAUACUGAUCUAGGAAAAGUUUUUGAUGUAUUAAAGGUCACUCUGAGGACACGAUAUGAACAUGUGAUUGAAGGAACUGAUAAAACAGGAAUUGGAGCCCUCCUCAGAUUAAUCUACACUGAGCUCUAUAUCACAGAGGAGCAGAGUGAAGCUGUACACUUCCAACAUGAGGUGAGGCAGGUGGAGAGCGCUUGUAAGAAGAUCCCCUGUGAAACACCAAUCAGCAGCAAGGACAUCUUUAAAGCCUUACCUGACCAACAGAGACCCAUCAGAGUGGUUCUGACAUAUGGUGUUGCUGGCAUUGGAAAAACCUUCUUGGUGCAGAAGUUCACUCUGGACUGGGCAGAGGGCUUAGAAAACCAACACAUCAGUGUGGUGGUUCUGCUUUCAUUCAGAGAGCUGAACUUGGUCAGAGAUGAGCAGUACAGUCUCCUGGAGCUGAUCCAUGUUUUCUAUCCAACAUUACAGAGUGUCACAGCAGAGAAGCUCACUGUGUGUAAUCUUUUGUUCAUCUUUGAUGGCCUCGAUGAAAGCAGACUUUUGUUGGAUUUCACUAACAGGAAGCUUGUGUCUGAUGUCACACAGAAGUCCACCAUUAGUGAGCUGCUGACAAAUCUCAUUGAGGGAAAUCUGCUUCCCUCUGCUCUCAUCUGGAUAACUUCCCGACCCACAGCAGCCAGUCAGAUUCCUCCUAAAUGUGUUGACAGGAUGACAGAAGUUCGAGGUUUUACUGACUCCCAGAAGCAGGAGUACUUCAGGAGAAGAUUCAGAAAUAAAGAGCUGUCAAGCAGAAUCCUUUCCCACUUGAAAACAUCCAGGAGCCUUUACAUUAUGUGUGGAAUCCCAGUUUACUGCUGGAUCACUGCUACAGUUCUGGAGCACAUGUUGACUACAGAGGAGAGAGCAGAGCUGCCCAAGACCCUGACUGACAUGUACUCACACUUCCUGCUGGUUCAGACAAAGAAAAAGCACAAGUACCAUACGGGGAAAGAGAUGAGACGAAUAGAGCUCAGCAGUGCUGACAGGGAGGUUCUUCUGAAGCUGGGGAAGCUAGCAUUUGAACAUCUGCAGAAAAAGAACAUCCUGUUUUACAGAGAAGACUUGGAGCAGUGUGGUCUGGAUGUUACAGAGGCCUCGGUGUACUCAGGAGUUUGUACAGAGAUCUUCAAAAGAGAGUCUGUGAUCUUCCAGAAACCAGUUUACUGCUUUGUUCAUCUGAGCAUUCAGGAGUUUCUGGCUGCAGUCUACAUGUUCCACUGUUACACCAACAGGAAGACAGAGGUGCUGCAGGACUUCCUUAGUAAAGAGAUCUCAUCUCUGGAAGAUUUUCUGUGCAGAGUCAUGGAGGAAUCCUUGGUUCUUGAGAAUAACCACCUGGAACUGUUUGUUCGUUUCCUCCAUGGCCUCGCUCUGAAGUCCAAUCAAAGAAUUUUAGGAGGUCUGCUGGGUCAGACAGAGAACAGUCCAGAAACCAUCCAGAGAGUCAUCAACAACCUGAAGGAGCUUAGAACUGAUGACAAGUGUCCUGAAAGAUGCCUAAACAUUUUCCACUGUCUGAUGGAAAUGAAGGACCUCUCAGUACAUCAAGCGAUCCAAGAGUUCCUGAAGUCACAGAACAAAUCAAAGAAGGAACUCUCUGGAAUUGAAUGCACAGCUCUUGCAUAUAUGCUGUUGAUUUCAGAAAAUUUUUAUGAUGAGUUGGAUCUGAAAGAAUACAAAACAUCAAAGGAAGGACGACGGAGACUGCUUCCAGCUGUGAUGAAUUGCAGAAAGGCCCGACUUCCUGAUGUUUAUAUUUAUGGGCAACGGGGUGGAGCUGUGGCCUCAGCUCUGACGUCAGACCGCUCCCAUCUGAGAGAGCUGCACCUGAUUUCAGUCACUGUGCUGGAGCCAGCAGAUGAACUUUUUGCUUGUCUGGGGCAUCCAAACUGUAGACUGGAGACACUCAGCUUUGAGAACGUCACUUUGUCAGAAAACAGCUGUGCUGCUCUGCUCAGUGCUCUGAAGUCCAACCCCCCCUAUCUGAAACGUCUGGAUCUAAUAGGAUGCAACCUGGAGGGCGCAGGGAUGAAACAACUGUAUUAUUACCUGGAGAGUCCACACUGUAAACUACAGUUUAAAAGAGUGACUUCAGUUUAGACGCUGCACUGUGUCAUUCACACACUGGUGAUGGCAAGCUA